AGAGAGAGAGAGAGAGGUGCGAGUAGGGGAGAAGUCAUCUUCUUUAUUGCUUCAAGAGUCAAUCUUCUUCACUCUAUUCCUUUAGGGUUCUUUAAUUUGUCUGUAACUCCUUUUUUUGUAAUGAUAUCAUUAAUAACAUGAAAAACAGAAAAAGAGUAAAUUAUCAUCUUCCCUAUCUUUAAUCUAUUCAAUAAUUGAAUUAAAAGGUGGACUGAGAAUUAAUUAACUACACCUUGUAGACCCCCUAAAUAUAAAAGAAAACAUGCCCUUUUCUUCUUUACAUAUUGGCUUAUACAUAGGACGGUGAGAGAGUUUGGCAUAAAUGUUGUUGCUUCAUCUCUCUCUAUCUCAUUAUCUUGCCUUGUAGAGUGUGAAUGUAUAUUUUUGUAUACAUUAGCUAUGAGACACUGAAAAGGAUGAUAUAAAAAAAAAAAAGAGCACCUAGAAUUGAAAAGUACAAGAGACCAAAUCCUCCAUCUUCGAUUUUUAUCUCUACACCCAACUAAGCCAACGAAGCACACAAUUCGACUUCUUCUUGGCUUCUUCAAGAGUCACAGAGAGACACGUAUAGAGCGGAAUUCUCCCAGUUUCCAUCUUUCCUUUUAGAGUUUACCACUUUGCCCUGACGGGGGCUACCGCUGGUUCUUGUCCAAUUAUGGACUUAUGUUUCGUCUUCUUGUCCUAACAGAAAGUCAAACUAACCGUCUUCUUGUUUUUAACUGAUUUUAGUUCUUAGAAACCUGUUGUGAUUCAGAUUUGUAGUUUGAUUUGGUGUGGCAGAAGCUUUGAUUUAGAAAUGGAGAUAGGAGAGAGCCAUGACAGGGGUAAAGACGACUCUGCCGCCGUUCAGGCCUCGCCGAGGAGUCCUUUAAGCUCCAUAGAUCUCGCCAUGGACGGCGCCAUGAACGCUUCCAUCGAGCAGCUUUAUCACAACGUCUGCGAGAUGGAGAGCUCCGAUGACCAAUCCCCUUCGAGGGCGAGUUUCAUUUCAUACGGAGCUGAGUCAAGAAUCGAUCUGGAGCUGAGGCAUCUCGUGGGAGGAGAUGUCGGAGAGAGAAAAAAAGACGUUGUCUUGGAGAAGAAGGAAGAAAGCAACAAGGAAAGUAAAAACAGAGAAGGUAGCUUGAGCCACAAGAAACCAGAGAAACUUGCGAAAACAAGCCCUAAUUCGAAAAUCCCUGGUUCGAGAAUCUCUUCGAGGAAAUCUCCAGAUCUCAGGAAGGUGUCUGUAGAUGAAGAGAGUCCUGAGCUAGGACCGUUGUUAUUAAAGCAAGCGAGAGAGAUGGUUUCAUCAGGCGAGAACCUAAACAAAGCUCUAGAUUUAGCGUUACGUGCGGUGAAAGCUUUCGAGAAACGCGCAGAAGGAGAGACGCAACAAGGGUUGAAUCUAGUCAUGUCUCUACAUAUCUUGGCAGCUAUCUACGCCGGUUUAGGUAAAUACAACGAAGCGGUUCCUGUUCUCGAACGGUCCAUCGAGAUACCGAUGAUAGAAGACGGAGAGGACCACUCCUUAGCUAAAUUCGCAGGGUGCAUGCAGCUCGGCGACAUGUACGGCCUAAUGGGCCAAGUCGAAAACUCUCUUCUCCUCUACACAGCGGGUUUGGAGAUACAAAGACAAGUUCUCGGAGAAACAGACCCACGAGUGGGCGAAACUUGUCGGUACCUAGCAGAAGCACACGUCCAAGCGAUGCAGUUCGAAGAAGCCUCAAGGCUUUGCCAAAUGGCUUUAGACAUACACAAAGAGAACGGCUCCACAGCUACAGCUUCCAUCGAAGAAGCCGCGGAUAGAAAACUAAUGGGCCUCAUCUGCGACGCCAAAGGUGACUACGAGGUUGCCCUCGAGCAUUACGUUCUAGCCAGCAUGGCUAUGUCCUCACAGAACCAUAGAGAAGACGUUGCGUCUAUAGAUUGUAGCAUCGGGGACGCCUACAUGUCUCUAGCUAGGUUUGACGAGUCGAUAUUCGCGUACCAGAAGGCUUUGGCUGUGUUUAAACAGUCCAAAGGUGAGAGCCAUUCCUCCGUUGCUUCGGUUUACGUCAGGCUUGCUGAUCUAUACAACAAGAUAGGGAAGCUGCGAGAUUCGAAGUCCUACUGCGAAAACGCGCUUAGGAUAUACCUAAAGCCGUCUCCGGGGACUCCCAUGGAAGAGGUUGCGACGGGUUUUGUAGAGAUCUCCGCGAUUUAUCAGUCGAUGAACGAGCUUGACCAGGCGCUUAAGCUGCUGAGACGCGCGUUGAAGAUAUAUGUGAAUGCUCCGGGUCAGCAGAACACGGUUGCUGGUAUUGAGGCUCAGAUGGGUGUGAUCUCUUACAUGAUGGGGAACUAUCCGGAGUCUUACAACAUCUUCAAGAGCGCGGUUUCGAAGUUUCGAAACAGCGGAGAGAAGAAGACGGCUAUGUUUGGGAUUGCUUUGAACCAAAUGGGGCUUGCGUGCGUCCAACGUUACGCGAUCAACGAAGCUGCGGAUUUGUUUGAAGAGGCGAAAGGCAUUCUUGAGAAUGAGUAUGGGCCGUACCAUCCCGACACGUUGGCGGUUUACAGUAACCUUGCCGGAACAUACGACGCAAUGGGCAGGUUAGAGGAUGCUAUAGAGAUACUGGAAUAUGUUGUUGGGACAAGAGAGGAGAAGCUUGGGACGGCGAAUCCGGAGGUUGAGGACGAGAAGCAGAGGCUAGCUGCGUUGUUGAAAGAAGCUGGAAGAGGAAGGAUCAAAAGAAACAGAGCACUUCUUACACUUUUGGACAAGAACCCUGAGAUUGAACCGAAUUGUGGGCAGAGACCGGUUUAUUGAUGAACCGUGUUAUGGUCCGGUCUAAAAUGUAUAUAUAUACAAACUUCGAGUUCAUAUACGGUAACUACAUCGUCGGGAGAAAAGGUUUUGUGUUUUCUGAUUUUAUUAGAGAAAAAGAAAGAAAGGUUUUAUGUUUUCUGAUUUUAUUAGAAUCUCUGAUUCAGAAUACUACGAACAUUCAUGUUGCAUUUGUAUUUGUAUCUAUUGGCUUUUGAUUUUUUUUUUUGUUAUUAAUAAAGAGUAAGAGCAAUUCAUUU